AUGUCGGUCGCUGGCCUUCAGGAAAUUGGAAUUUCGGUUUGAUUUUAUCGAAAAUUUUCCCUUUUUUUCAUUUUUAGAUUUGAGCGGUUUUUUUCAAAAACCCUUGCUGAUGUUUUUGAAAGGGUUGGAUUAAUUCAAAAUGAAAUGGUUUCUCAUUUUGCGACAUUUAUGAAUCGAACCCAUGCUCCUUUGAACACUUCAGCAAGGAGUUUUGAACAAAAAAUAUUUUUUCAAAGGUAGAUUUUAUGGAAUGGAAAGUGUUCCGAGGAUAGAGUAAAAAUAUUUAACUAUAAGGCUCUCUAAUUUAUUUUUUUUGAAUCAAUUCUUUUCUCGGCUAACUUGAUAAUCGUGUUCAUCAAUUCAGAAAUUGUUUAAUGAUCGUUUCUGCAUCUUGGAAUACUCCAGAUAUUUCUGAGAAAAAAACAUUUAGGCCUUCCAUCUUUUCAAUAGCCCUUCUUGUAGCUCAAAAAAUGGAUUGACGAAGUUGGACAAACUUUGCCAGGAAAAAAGCUGUUUUCAUUUCGACUAAUGUAGUAUUUUUACCGAUAAAAUUUCUAGAAAUAGUUUUGAACACUUUCAAAAGAAAUAUUUUGUGAAAAUAACAAUAUUAGAAGCUAUUAAACGAAUAAUUCCAUCAUACCUCAAAUUUAAAUGUUUCUUUGAAUCAAAUCAAAUUCACUUCGCUCAGCACGAUGAUCUAGCAAGACCGGUCACCGUAGUUCCGGAAAAUCCGAUCGAUAUCCUUGCCAACACUGACGUUACCAUCCAGGAUGAUUACAUCAAGUUUUUAUCGAUUCAUUGGCUUAUUUUGCUGAAUAAUGAAUUGAGGCUGAACAAGCUGCAAAAGCAGUUGCUCCACCUGCAAGUGAUGGAAGACUAUGUCAAAUUGGAGACGAGAAACUUGGAGAAGGAGCUUUUGCACGCCCAGGAAGAGGUUUUUAUACUUAAAAUGACUUUUCGAAUUUGAAUACGUAAUUGUAGGUGAAAAGAAUCCAGUCGGUCCCCCUGGUUAUUGGACAAUUUUUGGAGGCUGUCGAUCAGGAUCAUGCCAUCGUUGGAAGUACCACUGGUAAGGAAAAAUUUCGCAAAGUUGGAGAAGGAAAAAAAUGAAGUCUUGAAUAAGGGGAAUCUGCCGAAGAAUCGAGAGCAAUAUUCCAAAUGGACGAUUUUUGAAAAAGAAAAAAAAACAAUUUUUCAAGUUUAACUUAUUCAAUUUUUUUUCUUGAGUUUUGUUUUGGAUUUCAAUCUUCAAAAUGAUGCAAAGCCGCCCAUUUUAUCAUUCAGAAUUUUUUUCGGUUUCACAAUUUUUCUUUGAAGAAAAAAAUAGAAAGAUGAAACAUGAGAAUUUGUUUUGAAUGAUCCUUCAAGGUAUGUGAAGAAUUGGAAAAUUUUUGGUUAUUUUUCUGUAAGAAAAAAAAUUUUCUUCCAGUCAUAUAAGAAAUUUCGGCGCCCUUCUGAAUUUAUUAAUUUAAAAAAAAAUCUUUCCCACCUUUUUUUCAUCAAUUUUUUUCUAGGAUCCAACUACUACGUCCGUGUUUUAUCGAUCCUCGACCGGGAACUCUUGAAACCGGGCUGCUCAGUGGCUCUCCACAAAUACUCGAACGCCCUUGUUGAUGUCCUGCCCCCCGAGGCGGAUUCUUCCAUUCAAGUUCGCCGGACGAUCCGUGCAUUUUUUUUGAUCAAAACAUUGCUUUCAGAUGCUCAGAGCUGAUGAGAAGCCCGACGUCUCCUAUGGGGACAUCGGAGGUCUUGACAUGCAAAAGCAGGAAGUUCGCGAAGCCGUCGAACUCCCGCUCACCCAUGGCGAGCUCUACCAGCAGGUGCUGAGCUGGACCAGCUUUUGUAGGGAUAAAAAAUGGCUUUGAAAGAAGCUUGACUUGUUUCGAUUUACGCAAAAAGCUUGGUUUCACAUGCCUUUUUUCUGCCACUUUUUUAUAAUUUGCUGAUUUUUGAAUCAUUUCAAAUUUUCUUCGUACUGAUAGCAGUUGAAACCAAAAAGCGUCUUGAUUUUCAAAAAGCGAAAUUCGAUUUUUACUGGAGAAGUUCUGGUGGAAAAAAAGGGAAAGAAAAAUAAGAAAUGUUAGCUUUUUUUUUCUGAAUCCCACUUUGCUAGCAUCGAUUCUUUUUUUUGCUAUUUUCGAAGCUCAAAAAAAAAAGAAGAUAAAACUGAUCGGGAAUUUUUUGUAAAGGCUCAAAAGGGUUUAGGGUUUGAAUUUUUUUUUUCCGCUUCUGUAAAGCUCUAUGCUGCUGGAUUGUGUAAAAAAACUGGAUUAAGAGCAGAUAUUAAUUAUAAAAAAAGAAAUAUUUAGAUUUUUUUCAAAAUGUUAUUCCCUCUCGGAAGCUCUAUCAGGCUUUGAAAUGUGGAAAAAAAGGGGUUCUAUUAAUUUUUUUAAACGAAAAAAAUUUCGAUGUUCCCAUCAGUAAUAAAAAGAAAUAGUUUUAUAAAAUCACUCGAAAAGUGUCUCCGAUCAACUUUCACAACCUUUAUUUUUGAUCAGUUUUCAUGUUUUCCAGAUCGGUAUCGACCCCCCUCGCGGUGUUCUGAUGUACGGACCACCCGGAUGCGGAAAAACGAUGUUGGCCAAGGCUGUGGCCGCCAACACGGCCGCCUCUUUCAUCCGUGUCGUUGGAUCGGAAUUCGUUCAGAAAUACCUGGGAGAAGGUUUUGAUUUCGUGAAUUUUUCGCUGGAAGAUAAUGAUAUUUGCGUCAAUAUUGUGGUUUUGAUGACCCAGAAUCAAUGCAUUCAUUUCCAGAGUUUUUUAAAAACCCAUUUGUAGGAAUAUUGCACUAAUGCUCGAAAAAAUAAUCCAUUCUUUGAAUUUUGUCAGAAUUUUAGACAGCCUGAAUAUUUCAAUAGAUUUUUCAAAGAACUAGGGCAAAUUCUGAUUAAUUCGAAAUAUGUCCUUUUCAGGUCCCCGAAUGGUGCGCGACGUGUUCCGAUUGGCCAAGGAGAACUCGCCAUCGAUUAUUUUCAUCGAUGAGAUUGACGCCAUCGCCACGAAACGUUUCGACGCCCAGACCGGUGCUGAUCGCGAGGUUCUCGAGCAGUUCAAUCAACUCAACUGAUAUUUUGAUUAAGGUUCAACGUAUCCUCCUGGAACUUCUGAAUCAGAUGGACGGCUUCGACCAGAGCACCAACGUUAAAGUGAUCAUGGCGACGAAUCGACAGGAUACUCUUGAUCCGGCCCUCCUGCGUCCCGGACGUCUCGAUCGCAAGAUUGAGUUCCCGCUGCCUGAUCGGUGAUUGGAAAUUUUUCAAGAAAAGAAAAAAUUGAGUAAAAAACCAUUACGAAUUGAAAAUUAGCCAGUUUUCCAGCAAAUCCUUUUCCUUUUACUUUUUUCUCUUUUUACAAGAUUCCUACCCAUUUAUUUCAUGUUUUUCGCUAUCAAAAAAGGAAAAUUCGCUAAUUUUAACCUCGUGUCUUCAAAAUAACGAUUGCACAUGUUUUAUGGUCUAUUUAGCAUGGGUUUUUCAUGUCUUCAGGCUCUGACGUCCGCUCUUCGUUUCGAAAAUCUUUAAUAUGCGCCUUUAAAUUCAAAUUUUGGAGCUGGAGAGAACCAGUUUUUUUUAAAGAGGAUUUUUCAUAGCUUGAUAGCGACACAGAGUGUUUAUUGGAUAUUUCUCAUAUUCUUAGGAAUACGGAGCUUUCUUUCAUUUGAAAGUUAUGAGAAAGAUACGGCUCUAUUAGCAAUUUUCGUCCUUAGACUUUUAGAAACUUCGAACUGAAGUUUUUUUUUUUUGUAAACUUCGAAAACAACUUUCGGAUUUUGAUAGCGUCCCUCUAGGAAUUUAUACCUUUCUUUUAAUUCCAAAUGAUUAUAUCAUUAAAAUAGUUGAAUAUGAAGUUUCCAGCCGCCAGAAACGCUUGGUCUUCUCCACAAUCACCGCGAAGAUGAACCUCUCGGAUGACGUGGAUCUUGAGGAUUUCGUGGCGAGACCCGAUAAGAUUUCCGGUGCUGAUAUCAACGCCAUCACUCAGGAGGUACUUUGAAGAUAUUCGCAAAAAUUUUGCUAUAUUUUUGGAGUUUGUAGUUUUUUUUCAGUUGACUUUAUAAGACUCUUAAAAAAACCGAUGAUUUAUUUUUUUCCAGGCCGGAAUGCACGCCGUCCGCGAGAAUCGUUACGUCGUCCUCACCAAGGACUUUGAGAAGGCCUACAAGAACGUCAUCAAGAAGGACGCCAACGACUUCGAUUUCUACAAAUAA